AUGGGGCCGCUGGUGGCGCUGGGCACGGCGCUGCGGGGCUGGUGGCGGCGGCCCCGGCACGGCGCGGCGCUGCAGGAGGAGCGCRCGGCGCCGGAGCUGGCGCGCAGCGCCCUCGGCUUCACCCUGGGCAUGGCCCUGGGCAGCGUCUAUGGCGCCCUGGUGCUGCUGGCGCAGAGCCACAACAUCUGGUACUGCCUGGUGACCACGGUGAGCCUGGGCACGGCGCUGGCGCUCGGCAUGGCCUUCUCCGUCAAGGUGCGCAUCACCGUGCUGCUCACGCUGCCGCACAUCUUCACCAAGGAGGGCAAGAUGCUGCUGCUGCUGCUGGCGCUGGGCAUGGCGACGGCGGGGCCGUGCGCCAACGUGCUGCACAACGUGUCGCGCGCUGCCGAGGCCGUGGCGUGCGGCGCCGAGCUGGCGCUCAACCAGACGGCCGAGCGGCUGCAGCGCGCGCGCCAGCCGCUGCUCAACGUGCUGGCGAAGAUCAAGGACAUCGCACGCAAGGCCAAGGCGGUGGGCGACCGCGUGCGCAGGUUCUUCCGCUCCAUCAUGGACUCCGUGACCCACGUGGCACGCGCCCUGCGCAACGUGUGGCACUGGCUGGCCAGGCUGGGCCAGCUCUGCAACCAGCAGCUGGGCACCCCGCGGCGCCGCUGCCUGCGCCUCUUCUCCGAGGCGCAGGACAAGUGCGAGCGCGCCGUGCCCUUCCUCUACUUCCUCUGCUACAUCAUCGCCGCCUUCAAGCCGCUCUGCGGCCUGGCCAACGUCGUGCUGCUCUUCUGCAUCAUCCCCCAGUACGUGCAGACCUUCCUCAAGAGGCAAAUCGCUCAGGAGCGGCAGCGCUACGGGCUGGAGCUGGCGGCCGUGCUGCGGCACGUGCUGCUGGGGCUCGGCCUCAUCCUCGCCGACUACAGCGUCUUCUGGUUCCUCGACCUGCUGCGGCACGAGCUCCGCGGGGAGACGGUGGCGCGCGCGCCCUCGGUGCUGGGCAUCUCCGUCAACGGCAGCGGCUACACGAGCGAGAUCUUCCGCGACCUGGUGGGCGCCUUCGAGGCGCUGCAGCAGGGCAACGUGUCGGUGCUGUCGCAGCGCUGCCGCCUGCGGCCCGUGGAGCCCGACUACCGCACCUACAUGGCCAUGGGCAUCCUCUACGGCGUCUGCCUCUCCAUCGCCCUCGUGGGCAGCUACGUGGGGCGGCUGCGGCGCGUGAUCUGCGCCGCCUACUACCCGGAGCGCGAGCAGGAGCGCAUCUGCUUCCUCUACAACAGCAUCCUGGCGCGGCGCACGGGGCUGGCAGGAGCGCUGCACCGCGCCGCGCGGCGCCACGCGGCUGACGGCGCCCACGACCCCCAACACCAGGAGAGGAGGGUGCCCUGGGGGGGGCUGCACUGCUAG